AUUUUAGGCGUGUACCGUGACUGGUGGAGUACCCGUCUGCAAAUCUCAUGCAAAUACAAGAAGUCGAAACUGUCCCGUACGAAGAAACCGGUCAAUCCUGGAAUCUUACAUCCUGGUUUAUCUUCAGCAUGUGUUAAGGAGCAGUGACAUACUCUUUCAGACUACAUAGAAAAGUGGAGAUGUUAUUCAGCCCCAGGACUUUAUUCAAUUGUGUCUGGUUACAGAUACAUCUGACAUGUGCCCUAAAUACAUGUCCUACGGUGCCACAAAUAGCUUUGAAUUUUUCUGUUAACUAUUCAGUCCCCUUUUUCCAAACUAAAAAAGCCAUACAGAAUAUAGUAGUUUAUAAAUAUUUUGACGAGGUCUACGUGGCCUCUCAAAAUGUGAUUGAAGCUUUGGACAGUCAGCUCACCAAACUGUGGGAAUUACAAACAGGCCCUGUUGACAGUCCAGAGUGUCAGACCUGUCACUGUGAUGCUGAGAGUGUAACAGGGACAUCACUGGAUACAGAUAACCAGGUUCUCGUUCUAGAGCCUCAGGACCAUCUUGACUUCCUCUACAUCUGUGGGAGCACCCAAUAUGGAAUCUGUACAGUCCUUGAAUUAAACAAAGGUGAACGUGUUAACCCUGAGUGCUUUUUUAAUAAAAAUGCCAAUUCGCCUGCAGAUUGUCCUGAUUGUGUCGCUAGUCCUCUCGGCACAAUGGUUAGUGCAGUCAAAGAUGGCUUUUCAACUUACUUUUUUACCGCAGCUACCAUCAAUAGCACCAUUGCUGGGUCUUAUGGCAAGCAAUCCCUCUCAAUUCGCCGCCUACUCGCCACAGAGAAUGGUUUCGACAGCCAAGUGAAGGGCUUGACAGUUCUUCCUGAAUUCCAGGAUACAUUUACCAUUGACUACAUCUAUACCUUCUCCACAGUAGAAUAUGUGUAUUUCUUAUCUGUACAGUGGGAGAACCCACUGAAACCAGACUCCAAGUUGCAGACCCAUCUUGGGCGGCUGCCGAUCAAGGAUAGUGAGCCUUGGAUGUACAGGGAGAUAGUUCUGGAGUGCCGGUUUGAGCCCAAACGAAGGAGAAGGAGCUUCCGGGAUGUUGUGUACGACUCAGUUCAAGCUGCCCACUUCAGCACAGCAGGCAAAGAGCUGGCGGAUGAAUUAGGGGUGAAGAUGGAAAGCCUGAUCCUGUAUGGUGUGUUUGCUAAAACAGAUAAAGAGGGCAAACCUACCAGUCAGUCUGCCUUGUGCGCAUUUCCAAUAGACUAUGUGAAUAAUGCCAUUGAAAAGGGGGUUGAGUCCUGCUGUUCAAAAGGGACAGAGCGGCUCUCACGAGGACUGUGCCAUUUCCAACCAUGUGAAAUGUGCCCUCAUGAGAAUCCAGAGAGUUUGGCAUGCAAAGCACUUCCCACCAUGGUGUCAAAGCCUUACUACAGAGUGGACUUCUUCAAUGGGGAGAUGAAAGAUGUGCUCUUCACUUCUAUUCUGGUCACAACCAUUGACAUAAAGACUGUGGCGCACAUCGGCACAGAUCAUGGAAGGCUCAUACAGGUCAUUUUAAGCAGAUCAAUCUCUGUAGUGUUUGCCAACUACUCUCUUGUGGAAGACAAGCAGAAAGUGUCACGAACAGCUGCCAUUCUUUCUUCAGAGUCUCUGCUCUUUGUCGUUGGAAACAAGCUAGUGAUGGUGUCUCCCAGAGGUCCAGGCUGUGCCCAUUUUCUCAACUGUUCUGUGUGCCUAGCGGCCCCCAAAUUUAUGGGAUGUGGCUGGUGUGGUGGAGUCUGUUCCCAAGAGCUUCAGUGUGAGAAACAGUGGAGAAACAACUCCUGCCCUCCUGUUAUCACCCAGUUUUUCCCCAGUACAGUCCCCUCAAAUGGCAAGAGUGAACUCACACUGUGUGGCUGGGACUUCCAAUCAGCCUCUAGACCUGCUUUCACCCAGACAUCUCACCUGGUUAGAGUGGGAAACAACACCUGCACUUUAAUACCAGAGAAAAGCCAUAGCUCUCGGCUGGUGUGUCGCUUUGAAAGUAAUGGGACAGAACUGAAUCAGAGUGUAGAUGUAACAAUACAAGUGGAUGAAAGGAGCGUGGACAGUGGAUACUCCAUCUCUGGAGAGGCCUGUGUGCAUGGCUUAAGCAUUGUGACACCAGAAAUCACAGAUAUCAGUCCAGAAUAUGGACCUCAGAUUGGAGGAACCUUGAUCACCCUAGCUGGAAAAUAUCUGGAUGCUGGCAAAAGCAGAACAGUCAACCUUGGAGAUAGAAUAUGCCCUGUUGAAAGCGUCUCGAGCAAUGGGACUUCUAUAGUUUGCAGGUCUGAAGGUGUGGAGGAGAUUACAAAAGUAGAUGUGAAAGUUGUUAUUGAUGAAUCAACUAUUUCCACAACAAAAAUGUUUAGCUACAAGGUGAAUCCUCAGGUGAUGGGGGUGAAACCCAAUUGUGCUUUUAGAAGAGGAUCAAAAAUUACUAUCACAGGCCAGAAUCUGGACUCUGUUUCCCAGGCCAUCAUUAACUACAUAGGCAACAGCACAAGACCUGUGCAAACAGUGUGUGCUGGUCAGGGCAAUCCCUCACAGAUGGAGUGCAUUAGCCCAAUAUGUGAGGAGUCACAUGGAAUUCUCUCAGUGCUUCUGGAUGGCACAACAGCAAUCCUGCCUGAAACGUUCACCUGUCAUGCUAAUGCAGAGCCCAUCCCAUUUGAAACGGAAGGCCAUGUGCUUGAACUCAGCUCAGGGCAGGACAAAAUUUCAGUACAUCACAAAAAACUGGGCCUGGUGUUUGGUUGCAUGGAUAUCAUCAUGGCAAUUAAUGGUGUGGAUUGCAAGACUACAGUUCUAGAUAAUGAGAUCACCUGCAGGAUCCCCAAAAAUCUGACCAUACCCAGCAAGGGUGCGCCAGUCAAGGUGUCAGUGAAUGGGGAAGUUUAUGACAUUGGCGUGGUGGUAAUUGCAAACAACAAUGCCAUUGUGGGAAUUGUGCUGGGAAUCGUAUCUGCAGUUGGCUUGGGGGCAGCUCUAGCCUACUUAGCCAUGGCACAAGAACGUAAGAGGAAGAAAGCUACCCUUGCUGAAUUUCGGCUAUCCAUGCAUUCAACUCGCACUGCAAUGGGGAAUUAUGACAGAUCACCUGAAGGUGACUACAGAAGAGGUGUAUCAGUUUUUCCGUUCCAAGGUUCAAGCACAACAUUCUCUAGUUUGCCAUAUACUGGGUCUGUGGACUCUGCAGCAGUUCCUCUGAUGCCCACUCAGACAUUCUCAAUGUCCGCCCUCCGGCCAAACUUGUUGGAGGAGGUGAAGGAUGUUUUGAUCCCACCAAAGAAGCUCAAAAUUCAGCAGGAUCAGAUCAUUGGCAAAGGUCAUUUUGGCACAGUGUAUCACGGCUACCACAUUGAUAAUGAAGACAAAGAAAUCCACUGUGCUGUCAAGUCAUUGAACAGGAUCACUGAUCUUGAGGAGGUGGAGCAGUUUUUGAGAGAAGGGAUCCUUAUGAAGGCCUUCCACCACCCUCAUGUGUUAUCUCUUCUGGGCAUUCUUCUUCCAAGUGAUGGACUUCCUUUGGUGGUCCUGCCUUACAUGAAGCAUGGAGACCUCAGACAUUUCAUCCGCUCUGAGCAGAGGAAUCCCACAGUUAAAGACCUGAUUGGCUUUGGUCUUCAAGUUGCCAAAGGAAUGGAAUAUCUUGCAAACAAGAAGUUUGUACACAGAGACCUUGCCGCACGUAACUGCAUGCUGGACGAGUCAUUCACAGUGAAGGUGGCUGAUUUUGGCAUGGCACGUGAUGUUUAUGAUAAGGAAUAUUAUAGCAUCCAAGAUAAUAAAAAAGCAAAGCUGCCAGUCAAAUGGAUGGCAUUAGAAAGCCUGCAGACUCAAAAAUUCACUACCAAAUCAGAUGUGUGGUCUUUUGGAGUACUAAUGUGGGAGAUGAUGACUAGAGGGGCCAAUCCGUAUCCUGAUGUGGACCCUUAUGACAUUACUUGCUAUCUGAUACAAGGCCGUCGACUGCCCCAGCCACAAUACUGUUUAGAUUCCUUGUGGUCCAUCCUGGUGCAGUGUUGGCAUCCAGAGCCUGAGGGGAGACCAGGGUUUUCCACACUUGUGCAAGACCUUAAACAGAUCCUCUCCAGCCUGGAAGGGGAGCACUAUAUCAACCUCCAGAUCACAUAUGUGAAUCUGGAUCAGCCCCGGCCCUACCCCUCUCUCUCACCGGCCCCACCUGCAGCCUCAGAGCUGUCAGACCACUCCUCCACCACCUGACACUGGGAUUUUUAGUCUACCACUGUAGAGUGAACUGAGUGUGGCUGGCUUCAUUUCAUGAAUUCAAAGUUUUAUAUAUGGUCUCGUGAACUGUGAGAGCCAAAGGCCAUGCACUAAAGAUGAUCUACUGUAUCCAGAGGAAACCACUGUGUAUUAAACAGAAGAAAAUGUCAAUUGUUUUUGUGUUUAAAAUGGAGUCACACAGCCAAAUAGGUGUCACACUCUUUGGGAUUUUACUUUAUUUUUUGGCCGAGUGCACUUUUACAGUGAAUGCAAGGCUUGUGUUGUGUUGGAAAACAAACAAAAAAAACAACAAAUAGAAUUAUGUCUUACACUGGAUAACAUAUGUUGUAAUUUUUUGUUUGUUUGUUUGUUUUGUUUUGUUUGAUAUGACUUUCAGUUUCACUUUUACUUUUUAUGAUACAAGACACCAUUUCACACAAAAGCUAUUAUUAUUAUUAUUAUUUUGCUUUCUGUAAAUAUAAUGGUGAGAAAUAAGAUUACUUGAAAUAUGGUUUUAUAUGUUUUAUUCAACUUUUGUAUUUUGUUUUUGUAAAUAAAUUUGUCUGUAAUAUAAAUAAAAAGCUCACACAGCAAUAUGUGGAUAGUUGACAUGAAAUUCCAAGCAGUCCAUGCCAACCUGUAUUUAAAAAAUUACCCGUUACCUAAUAACCUUAAACAACUUUUUUUUUUUUUUCAAAUUCUUGUUUAAUUAAACAUGCAGUGUUGAUGACAUUAUAAUAAUUGAGGGACUGCAUGGAUAUUUGUACUUGUACAAAAUUCAUUUGUUUUCCUUGACGACUAUUUACUGCAGAUUAACUGCAAAACAAGAAACUAAAUUAACCAAUUCAAUUUAAAGCAAUUAAAACGGUGUCCAGUCACAGUUCCUAAAAUCCACACAUUCUCUUCUACAAAUAUCUUAUAUGCAUUGGUCCAUUUUAACCUAAAAUAUCAUGACCAUAUUAGUUAUAGCCUAUAUCUAACUUUAUACAAUAGUAAUUCCCAUAUAAAGGUUAAUGUGUUAUAAUGGACAUUCCUUCAUGAGACAGAGGCAGAACUUAUAUUUAUUCUCAGUUUUUCCACGACACCAGAGGUCAGUAUACACCUACUGUUAGCGAUUAGUAGUUUUUAUAAAGAUGUACCUUCUAACGGUCUGCAUUGAGUCAUGAAAAUCUCAGUUAAUUGCCAGUGUAUUGAAGUGCUAAGGCAUUUCUGUCAUUUUAGUUCAUUUGACUGCUUGAAUUGAUUGGUAUCCCUGCAGGAUACUUGAAACGGUGCUUUAUUCAGUUUAGUUCAGAUUUGUUCUUCAUCCAGAAAAGAUUUACAUGAUGUUACAGCAAGCUUUGCAAGAUUGCUGUAACCCUUCCUGUAAGCUCAGCCUCUUGCGAACGCAGUUUCUCCACACUGAAAUUGAUAGAAACCUUCCUGCCGUCCACCACUACUGAUGAGAGACUCAGUGAUCUUGGUGUCCUGAGCAUAGAGUCCAGAAGGGCCAAGGCUCUGGAUCUUGAUGUAUUUGUGGACCGUUUUUCCAGACAGCACAACCACCGUAUCCUGUUGCUGUAGUGUAGUGUAUCUAUUUAUUAAAAUUCAAUUGAUCCAGCAUUGUUGUGCCAAUUCAAAUACUAAAGUGUGGACUCAACUGUCCACAGUAGUGGGGCUUCCAUAAAUAGGAAAUGGCACAUUGUUGUACCCUUUGUUGUACCCUGGAGUUUUGUUCACAUUGAAUUGACACCCUGUAUUUGUACCCUGUACUGUAUUUUUCAUUUUUUAUGUCCCUACCUCUUUUGCA